AUGACCAAUUCUUCUUUAAACCCACCAUCAACCCUCUUCAAGGGCUUGUCACUUGCAGAUCAUCCGAGCUCUGCUGAAAAUGGGAGCCAAUCCACUCCUGGGCGUUCAUCCCCGAGGACAUUUGACCUCUCAUUUUCUUCGCCUAGUUCUGGCCCUGGUCCUUCUUCUUCAUCUGAUGGCGUUUUCGUUUUCGGCCAGCAGUCUCCGAACCAAAAUGUCAGCUCCAGAAACGUCUUACAAUUCGGGGGCGAUGACCAAGAUUGUUCAUCACUUCAGAAGCAGCCAUUCUCAUUCCAGUCGCUCCAUAAUAUGACACCUCUUCCUUCACGCUCGCCUUCGCCUUUGCCUUGUCGCGCAACACCACAACAACAGUCUUCUCAGCUGUUUUCGUCUUUCAUGACUCCACCUGCAAGAACUACCCGAGCACAAUCUACAAGCAAUUCUCAGGUACCUCCAUUCUCGUUCAAUUCCCUAUCUAGUCCAGCGUCGGACAGAAGACAGCGAUCUUUGUCAUUUGUAUCAUCAGCUGUUUCAACUCCAAGCCGAACACAGCUGGAAACGCCGGACUCAAGUUACAUGGCGUCCCAAAAUCCAGAGCCACCAGCGCUUGUCAUUCCUUAUGAUACUAGAACAGAAUUAGCAUUUUCUCAUGCUCUAUUUACUUCCGUCUUUCAAGAUGCAUUGAAAGAAGGCCCCAACAUAGCCCAGAAGGCUGUAAAGGCAAUUGAAAAGAUGCAAGCCGGGAACCCGGGCAUUCUUGACUCAGAUGUUAGCAAGUUUUUGGAUGACGCAAAAGACUUGCAACAAUUCCAGGGUAGUGACACACGCACAAUUGCCGUAUUGGGCGAUUCGGGAGAAGGAAAGAGUAGUCUGAUCAAUUCACUGCUUCACUUUCCUGGUGUUGCUCAAACAGGCGACAUCGGAUCCGCCUGCACCUCAGUCGUUACUGAAUAUCGACAGAAGAAAGCAGGACAUACUGCCCCGAUCACCAUCGAUGUCGAGUAUCUGUCAGCCCCUGAGAUCCGGGAUAUGAUACAAGAACUUCUGUGGAGCUACAGACAGCUGUACCUUCCUGGUGUCGAAUCGGAUGAGACCUCGGAACAAGAUUACAACCGCUACAUGAGAGAAUCCGAACAGGCAUGGUCUGCUCUGCAUGCAGCGUUCAAACACAAAAGGCAGUUCACGAAGAAGUUUGCCCAAGAUAUGUCCAAUGGGGCUCUGGAGAGGAUCACAGGUCAGCUCAUUGAGUGGGCUCAGGAGAUUGAGUGGCCGGCUGGCGGCGUUGACGGGUUUUGGACAUCAACAGCGCAGACAGCCGACGAAUGUGUUGAGCAUACGAAACUAUUUAUGCAAGACAAAUUUUGGCCAUUCACUAAAAUCAUUCGCGUAUAUCUCAACUCCCAAGUACUCAAGACUGGAGUUGUCCUCGCGGAUCUGCCUGGACUCCACGACACGAAUCUGGCGAGGGUUCGAGCCACUCAAGAUUAUCUCAUGAAAUGUGACAACAUUAUAAUUGUUGCUAAGAUAUCCCGUGCCAUCACCGACCAAUCCCUCAAAUAUUCGCUCUUUUACGUUUUAUCUCGCCAUAUGCCAACAGAGUGGGAAGAUUCUGGCGCAAAAAGGUUGAACGUUGCAGUUGUUUGUACUAAGUCAGAGGAAAUCAACCUUGUGACAGCAAGACGUGAACUUUGCGGUCCAAACAAGGCUAUCUCGAUUGCUACUAUGGAAAGCCUAGAUAGUGAGAUUGAUACGGCAAAGUCCUCGGGUGACAGAAAAAGAAAGAAGGAUGCCAAAAAACAGCAGGAGCUUCUCUUAGUCCAAGCGCGGAAUGAGCAUGUCAAAAGAAAUCUCCAAACAGGUUACUCGUCAGAGAUGGAUGGCAGAAACUUGGAUGUAUUUUGCGUGUCCAACAAGUGGUACGAAAAGUAUUGCCCUAAAGGAAACAACACAUUUGUGGAUGCAAGCGGUAUUCCAGACCUUCGACGUUUCUGUCACACACUGACUGCAGAUGCUCAGUUGAAUGAAGCGAAACAUUAUCUUAGGUCUAGAUUAUCUGCGCUUCUGAAUUCGCUUGAUCUGUGGGCGAACAGCUCGCUUGACGAGCAAGACAAGAUUGAAGAGCUAGAUGACUCCGUCCGCGCAAAGGCGAAAGAGGCUUUAGAUCAGAUUCCAAAUCUAGUCGCGACCUUCCGGCAGGACUUUACUGAAUGCUUCCAAGAGCAGAUAAUGACCUUCUUUGGUCAGUACAACGCAUGGUGUCUUAAUUACGGUGAUCACCAGACACCGAAACGAGGGCGCGAGAACUGGAACGCAAAAAUUAUCUGGAAGAUGCGAAUGGAGCUUGAAGGCCAAUGGGACAUUGUGGAAGAAGAGGUGACAGAUGUAUUCUCGGCCGUGCUCCACGGUGCGAUGAGUCUCUUGGACUCCUUGAAAUCUGGUUUAUCUCAUUCGCUUCCUCCGCAGCAUGUCAACCCAAUUGCUCAAAGUAUUAAUGCUCAAAUCGAAAAUCUUAAGUAUAAGAUGAGCAGAGAAGAAAGGAGAUUGCAUGCGGAAGUUAGAGUGAUACGAAGGUACGCGUCGGAAUCGAAUUACAACUCAUAUGUGCUUCAAGACAUGAUUCCCCAGUAUCGGUCUGCGGCUAGUCAAAAAGAUAUCGCUCUUCAAUCCUAUGAAAAAUCGGAAGUAAGCCCAGCAACUCAUGGCAGAGAAAGACAGACUAAGAUAAGGGAUUUCGCAAAAGAGAUUGAGAGUUUAAAGCAGCAACAUAAGUAUCUACUGCAGAGCUUAGAGGCAAUUUAG